GAUGGGGAGGUGGUGAUGUUGCCACCCAGUAUCGGUCAGUUGCAGUCAAGACCGUUCGAGCGUUUAGACCUGCGCUUCACUUUGUCCCGUUUCAAACUGAAUUUACGUCCCGUCUGGCCAGCAGUUGUGUACGCUCGCGUGUGUCUCUGUGUGUGUGUGUGUGUGUGAGAGAGUGAGUGUUGUGUGUUGCAAACCAAAAGAAGAGACUGCGACGAACGUAUCGAUAAUGAACAAUCCGCAUCGCUCGCGAUCAUGACGGACAAUCGUCACAUGGUGGUCAUCAACAUUGUUGGCUAAUCAUUUCUUUCUUUUGCUUUCGAAAAUUGAUUGGUUGCCUUCUUUUCGAGGAAUUGAAACGUGGGGUUUCAUUGAAGAACAAGUGAAAACUGACGAGAGUGCAUAGGGGCUUUUAAAAGAAAACUUUGCAUACGACUUGCACAUUCAAAAGCCAAUGAUUGCACUCGUAUGAACGUGAUGCUACGCGUGGGGAUGAUGACGAGAUCGCCGCAUCAAAAUGCUCAUAACAAGUUACAAACGCGGUGGUAACGGUUAAAUAACAAGAAGAGAAGAAGAAGAAGAAAAAAAGGAGGAGAGGAGGGCAAAAAAAAAAAAAAAAAGAUUUUUUUUUUUUUUCAACCGCGGAAGAAAAAAGGGCAAGGAUCGCGACGUCCGUUCCAGUUCGGAUAUAACCGCGACGGCCAGCGCUUCCAGCUUUCCACACCUCCUUCAUCAUUUAAACUUGUUUUAUUUCUUUGGAUUUAAAAGUUUGAAGAGAGAAAAUAAUAUAUUUCCUCGCUCUUCAUCUCGACACAAAAAAAAAAAAAAAAAAACAAAAGAAUUCACAUGAGACGGACGGACUAUUAUCUCAUCUCGAAUCAGUGCCAAACGAAAUUCUAUCGUGGACCCAAAGGCAAAACGACGCGAAAAAGAAGCGCCAAAUUCAAAGUGCACGUUACCGAUAACAGAUAACACACACUUGACAGUGUUGUUCGAUUUCAAACAAAUCCCAUUUGAAAACAAAAAGAAAGAAAAAAACAAAAAACAAACGCGACAUUGAGUAACUUCCUUCUUCAUUUGUUUCGGGACGACGGACCAUGAGGCUAGCCAUCGUCUGCUUGAUUGCGGCAAUCAUGCUCGUCACUGCGGCCUUUGCUAGAUCUUCUAGUCACAAAGAGGGGAAACGUCAUCAUCACACGCAACAGCCAAAACAGCAACAGACCAUCGACGUGAGGAGGCAGCUGGAUCGUAGCUGGAACAACAUUUCCACGUUUCCUAUCAUUGAUGAAGAGGACAUCACGCAAAGCAUAGCGCCUCAGCCGACCACCAGAGUUAGCGGAGGUGGUAAGAAGAAGAAAAGCGGUGGUGGGAAAAACAAACAAGAAUGGGGCAAAAAACACAAACGGAAGAUGGCCUCGCUUCAAACAAUGGCCGAACAAGAUCGUCGACUCUCUCUUAUGCACCUGCCCAGGCUGCCCGCCGCCACAUCGACGUCUGCCCGAUUCGCGGAGCAGAAAAGCCAGUCGACCGGCUUGGAAUGUUGCCCAACCAUCGUCGAAAUGGUCCAGCCCAGUGGCGGGACUAACAUGGAAGGUCACGUGGUAGAACUGUACCGACACGGAGACCUGGACCAGCGAAUCUACGAACAUUCAUGUCGGCCGGACGUGCUCAAUCAGCCAUGCCGUUUCGUCGAAAAACUUUUACGUCCGCUAUCGCGCUGCGUUCAGCAGUUCUCCUUUACCUACGCCGUCGUCUCUGACCAUCCGGCAGGAGAGGAAUGGCGACUCGACUACAUUCGCAUCCGCAAUGGAUGCUCUUGCGAAAUUCAACCGCCCUAGACAAGAACAGCACGAAACCUUUGCAAAUUGCUUUGCCCUGGAGCAAACCAGAUUUUGUUUUUCUAAUUCUAUUCUUUCAAGAAACGUGGGGAGCGAUCAGCGAGACGCAUCAUAAACAAAGGUGAUGUCCUUUAAUCAAUUACCUCGUCGCUGGUGAUUACAGUCGCGAGCAAAAAGACUGCAAAAGUCGUCCAACAUUUAGAAAAGUUUUAUAAGGAAAACUAAUAAGGAGUGUUCAAUAAAAGGAAAGAUGGAGCAAAAAUGUGGACACAAUAUAAAUUCCAAAAUGAAUUGUAAAAGACACAUGGUCAUAUACUACUUGUACGCUUCAAUGUCCAGAAAUCUUUAGGAACACAUGAUAAUGUCAGUCUAUUCCAGACUUCUCAGUUUUUUUCCCAAUUGUAUUGUACAUAUUUUUACUCUUCACUUUUGUUCAAACAAAAUUUAAUGAUAUUCUUUCUUGGUUAAUAUCGAUCUGGUGAUUGCCAUCACAAAGCCAGUAUCUACUCCCUUGAAAAAGAUAUGAUUGUAUGUAUAACUAACUUUCAUCUGUACUGACAAAAGAAAUCAGUUUUUCUCAUAAAUGUGGAUAUUACACGUCCUGUUAAAGUAAAAGAUGAUGGCCCUCAAUUCAAAACAAUGUAAGGAUAACUGUUAUAUCCAGACCAAAACUACUUCCAAACAUGAAAGAACUCAUUCGUUACACUUGUCAAUGUAAGCAGACACGAAAUGAAAAUCAAAGGAACCCAGAAGCUUAUCAACUUGGUGUUUAGUAAACAUGCUGUAGCUUGCACAAAGUUUUAGCUAACACAAUGACUCAGUGUUUCUGGUAACCAUGAGCCAACAUUGUAGAGAGAAGAGGUAAUAAAACUGUUAUCAUCCUA